CCAACUAGACUCAGUUUAGUCACUAACAAAUAGCCCAGCCUGUGCCGCAGAGCUGACCCUACAGAAAAUCGUUGGCAUCGAUGGCAGAAAUCUAUGCCAAUGUUGAAUAUGACAAACCUUUUGACUCAAGAGGACCCUUUGGAAAUGAGACAGGUCCCAGGAGCUCAGAGAGGAGAUUUCACGGAGCUGUUGUUCUCUGUCUGGGGUUGCUCUGCGUUCUGCUGCUGGCUGGACUCAUCGGCCUCAGCGUCCACUAUCAUGUCUCAGCGUGUGGAUCAGCGGCGGAUGUCUCCGCGAUUAAAACCAACCUGACUGAGCGUCUCCAGGCCAGUGAAAACAAGAUCUCUUCCCUGACUGAAGACAGAGACAGACUGAAAGCCAGAAUCGCUGAAUUGACUGCAGAGAAAACAUGUCCUGCAGGAUGGAUGAUGUUCAGUUCUGCCUGUUAUCUCCUCUCUGCUGCGAGUGGCUCCUGGGAUGAAGGCAGAAAGGACUGCAGAGACAGAGGAGCAGAUCUGGUGGUGAUCGACAGCCCUGCAGAGCAGACUUUUGUCGUUGGGCUCACCAGGACAAAUGCUUGGAUUGGUUUGUCUGACAGAGAUGUGGAGGGGACCUGGAAGUGGAUAGAUGGGACUCCACUGACUUUUACGAGGUGGGGGGAGACCCAGCCUGAUAAUGGUGGUGGAGAUCCACAGUACGGUGAAGAGGACUGUGCACAUAUCAGACCUGACACCUAUUGGAAUGACCUGUCCUGUGAAACCUCAAUGCAGUGGAUCUGUGAAAAAACAGCUUAACAUGAGUGUAUGUUUUGAGAUCAUAACAUGGCUUAUUCACUGCUAGGACGGCCACCAGAACAGAGUAUUUAAAGGCAAAACAUGUAAUUUUUCUAACUGUUGGCCAAGAUUUUUUAUUGUGUGUGUCUAAACCUAACCACAUGUUAAC